AAGUUUCAUUGAUUGUGUGAACCGGUCGACAUGGCAAGCCAUCAGUACACCAACCUGGCCGCAUGCCAAAACACGCGCAAGGUCUACUAUGAUGUGAUUGAAGAUACCAUUGAGAAUAUGCGCCAGCCCCUUUUGGACGACGGAAUGGAUAUGACGUCCAUUGACCGCCUCAAAGAGGUGUGGCUGGAAAACUUGAUUCGGGAGGAUGUGUUUGCCCCCUAUGUUCCAGCUGGAUCAGAGGCUACUUCUCAGUCUACUGCACAGGUGGAUGGACCAUCGGAUGCUGAUGAGGGUGAAGAAGCUGCUGAGAAUGAGGAUGAAGACGACGACGACGACGACGACGACGAUGAGGAGGGCAGUUUCCAUACAGCCAAUAGCCUUCUUUGUUUUUACGACAGGGUGUCCAAGACCAAGGGGGCAUACAAAUGCGCACUGCGCAACGCCGUAUUGACGGUGGACCGAAAAAGCUAUGUGUUUUCAAAAAUCCAGGCCGAGCUCAAGUGGUGA